GCGACCAGCACCGAUGCAAGCAAACAAUCGGCGUUUUUCCAUCUCCAGCGCAAAGGGACUCGGUUCUAAAGAACGGUAAAAAUUUCGUCAAUUGAUUCGUUUUAAUUGAAAAUCAAGAAUUAAUUUAUUGCACCGACGCGAUCAAUUAAAGUCGAAAUAUUUUUUGAAAUUUUUUUACUGUGCCAAACUUUUUAGCGGAGCUUUCGGCAAAAGGAGUAACACCAAACAAAUAAAACAUAAAUAGAGAGACCAACAAGUAGACGGCGACGAGGAACGACUCAACGAUGGGCAACAUACACACGACGGGUCCCAAUGAGGCGUUAAUUGUUUCAGGUGGCUGCUGUGGCUCGACCAAGAAGCGCACGAUUGUGGGCGGCUGGGCGUGGGCGUGGUGGCUGGUAACCGAUGUCCAGCGACUGUCCCUCAAUGUGAUGACCCUGAAUCCGAUGUGCGAGAACGUGGAGACGUCGCAGGGUGUUCCGCUGACGGUGACCGGAGUGGCCCAGUGCAAGAUCAUGAAGUCAUCUUCGUAUAAGCAAACCGAUUAUCAUAAUGACGAGAUGAUGAAUGUUUAUUAUUUCCAUCAUCAGGCCGACGAGCUUCUAGGCACUGCCAGUGAGCAAUUCCUUGGAAAGAGCGUCAAGGAGAUCAAGCAGACGAUCCUGCAAACCCUCGAAGGACAUUUGAGAGCCAUAUUGGGAACGCUUACAGUAGAAGAGGUGUACAAGGACCGCGACCAGUUCGCUGCUUUGGUGCGCGAGGUGGCCGCACCGGACGUGGGUCGCAUGGGCAUCGAGAUUCUCUCGUUUACCAUCAAGGACGUCUACGAUGAUGUGCAGUACCUGGCCUCGUUGGGCAAGGCCCAGACCGCCGUGGUCAAGCGGGAUGCCGACGCCGGCGUGGCGGAGGCCAAUCGAGAUGCCGGAAUCCGUGAGGCGGAGUGCGAGAAGAGCGCCAUGGACGUGAAAUACUCGACGGACACGAAGAUCGAGGACAACACCAGGAUGUACAAGCUGCAGAAGGCCAAUUUCGAUCAGGAGAUCAACACGGCCAAGGCCGAAUCGCAGCUGGCCUACGAGCUGCAGGCAGCCAAGAUCCGCCAGCGCAUCCGUAACGAGGAGAUCCAGAUCGAGGUGGUGGAGCGACGCAAGCAGAUCGAGAUCGAGUCGCAGGAGGUGCAGCGCAAGGAUCGCGAGCUCACUGGCACAGUCAAGCUGCCCGCCGAGGCCGAGGCCUUCCGCCUCCAGACCCUGGCGCAGGCCAAGCAAUGUCAGACCAUCGAGGGUGCCCGUGCCGAGGCGGAGCGCAUACGCAAGAUCGGAUCGGCGGAGGCCCAUGCCAUUGAGUUGGUGGGCAAGGCGGAGGCGGAACGCAUGCGGAUGAAGGCCCAUGUGUACAAGCAGUACGGCGAUGCAGCAAUCAUGAACAUUGUACUCGAAUCGCUGCCCAAGAUUGCCGCUGAGGUGGCUGCACCACUGGCCAAAACCGAUGAGAUUGUCCUGAUUGGCGGCAACGAUAAUAUAACCAACGACGUGACCCGCUUGGUGGCCCAGCUACCGCCAUCGAUCAACGCCCUGACCGGAGUGGAUCUGUCCAAGGUUCUGUCCAAGAUACCGGGGGCCAAGGCGUGAAACCUAAUGGAAUGGGAUAUCCAGGAAAUGGCAAUGACAACGUAACGCAGCGCAAAGGAAUUGUAACCGAUACAAAAACCAGAUAAGGAUAGACAACCGAAUUGAGAAAGAGACGACAGGAAGCGACAAAACAAGAUGGCGAUAGUUUGCUAGGGAGGGGACGUGCAUUUGUUAGAGAGAGAAAGAGGGAAACAGCGAAACGAACUUGAAAGACUCAAGUUUCGAAAUGAAAUCGAACGUAGCUAAAUGUACUCCGAUAUUAUAAUAUAUUUAUAUAUAAUAUAUAUAUAUAAAUAUAUAUAUAUUUGUAUAUGUAUAUGCACACAUGCAAUACACACAUACACUCGUCUCGUCUGUGUGGUGUGCUAGUGUGUGUGUGUGAUGUUUGGCGGCGUAACAAUCAAAAACAGAACACAAAAACAACCAACGUUAAUCUCAGCUAAAGUUAUGCAUUUCGUACGCAACAUUUUGUGGCCUUUUCUCUCGAAAACGAAAAACCGAUAACGAUAACAAGAAAUCAACGUGAAAUUUGUAUAACUUUAAAACGAAAACCAUUUAAACAGAGUGUUAGCUAUUUAUUUACUAUGCUAUAUAUACUAUAUACAUGCAGACUUGCUAUACACAAAGAGCUCUUUCAUUAAACACAUAGAAUUAUAUACCAGACAGUGUUGUACAGGCAUAUAUGUAUCAUUUUACAGUGCUGUAGAGAUCUGUAUAAGUAGUCUCUCUCCAUCUCCUUCUUAUACAAUUUCUAUCUGCUUAUGGAAUUUCCAUCUGUCCAAACUACAACUACUGCCUAUCGUCUAAAGUCAAAACUUUAAGCUAGUAAGCCAAAUGGAAAGAGAGGGAGAUUGCUUUUCGAGGCGGCAGAUCGAGCUACUAACCACAAAAAGCUUACAUACUUCCAGUCAAAUAAAUUAUCCAUUAUUUUGUUUUUAAUAUAUAACCAACUAUUUAUUUGUUGAUUCGUGCCUGUUUCUUUUUAUUUAAUUUUGUUAAACGAUUACUUUUUACGGAAUUGUGCCAUAUAGGGUGCAAAUUAUAAAAUGUUUGUCGGUUAUUGACGUUUUAUAUUUGUUUAUUUUUGAUUAUUAUACCAAAUGAUGCUUUGCUCGAUCAAUUUUUUAUGGCAUAUUGCGAAAUAGUCGUAUAUUACUUUACAACACUGUUUUUUCGGCAAUUGGCGCUGUUUCAAACCCCACACACACACUAACCAACACAAAUGAGUUUGAAUUUAUGCAUUAUUUUCAGUGCGCAAGAAGAAAUUAAGCUUAAUUUCUUGAUAUACAAAGCGUUUAUGUAAUUAUGUUUGUCUCGUUUAAUCAUCUUUUAAUGUUUAUUAUUUAUGUAACAACACAUAUUGAACUACGAAUAUGCAUUUACAAUUUUUGUACUUUAUUCUUAUUCAUUUUUUUUAGUUUAUAGCAAAAGGAAAGAAAAAAUAAAGAAAAUAAUUGAAAAAAACUACUAAUUUUGUUAUACACUAACGUCUAACUGGAAUUAAAUAGUUAAGCAAUUAAUUCAACGCUUUCAUUUCGAUAGAGUAAUUAACCCUAAUUUUUAUAAGCACUUCUACCAAUCACAUACACACACAGAUACACCCAUUAGACACAGGACACUCACCCAUACAUUUUUUUCUAUUGUAUAUUAAGUCCGAGUAAUUUUAAUUAUAAUGCAGUCUGAUGGAGAAAGCAAGAGAACAAGAACAACAACCAACCGAAGAACUAAAGAACUAAAAGCUAAACCUAAAUCAAAUGUAAAAUUUUGUGUAUUUUGUCGUAAAUAAAUAAAUUAAAAAAUA